AAACCUAAUUAUAUAUAUAAGGUGAACUUCUGAAUGAAAAUCAGUUGACAUUGAACUAGUUAUAACUUUUUUUAUAGCAAAUAAAACGCGUAAGGCAGCUCUUCACAUAAGUUCCCUAAACGCCUCACUGCACCACGUUGUUCGUAGAAAAUACCACAGUACGUCAGGAACCUGAAUGCAACAAGGCAGUGUCGCAAACAAAAGUUCCAAAUGUAGCAGGAUGAGGAUCCGCGCACAGGAGCUAUGGCUGUGUGAAGGUCGCUUUCAACUGAAAUCUUAUCGUUUAUUGAACUAAACUUGUUUUACUAACUUUGAAAAGUUACGGGGCACCAUUACUUUCGAAAUAGCUGAAGCUGUGAAUAAACGAGGUUCCUCUGAAUACCGACAGCUCUACCUUCCUCACUUUCGGGGACAGAAUGGCUCAUUUUGCUCUGCCUGUCAGCGGUCUGUAGUCUGAAAGACAGCUCUCCUCUGCACCGCUCCCUCCUCGGUCAUGGGGACGCGCUGGUCUCGGAGCGGCAGCAGCCUGCCGCUCCUCCGGGAGACAGAGCCAGAGGGCCGGCCAGCAGGACACAGAGAGCCCGAUAACGACUCUCUGGACGGGCUUGACAGGCGAGAGGAUAUCGCUCAGUUUCCGUACGUGGAGUUCACCGGCAGGGACAGCAUAACCUGCCCGACAUGCCAGGGCACCGGGAGAAUCCCUUCAGAACAAGUGAACGAGCUGGUGGCGCUGAUCCCCUACAGCGACCAGAGACUGCAGCCACAGAGGACGAAGCUGUACGUCGUCCUGUCGGUGGUGGUCUGCCUCCUGGCCUCCAUGCUGGUCGCCUUCUUCCUCUUCCCGCGCUCGGUGGUGGUGGUGGACGCCGGGAUCCGCUCUGUGACUGUACACUUUGAUCACACCAACAACAAAGUCCUGAUGAACAUGACGUGCACGCUGAACUUCAGCAACCCAAACUUCUUCACCGUGCUGGUGCAGAGCGUGAGCUGCCAGGUCCUCUACAUGAAGACGGUGGUGGGGACUCGGCAGCUGGACAACCCCACCACCAUCCAGCCGCUCAGCCACAGCCAGGUGAACUACACGGUCAGUGUGGAGAUCGGCAGCAAUGCACCUUAUGUCUAUGCCUUCUGCACAAUGCCCAGAAUCAAGGUUCACAACAUCGUCAUAUUUAUGCAAACCUCGGUGAAAACGUCGUACAUGGUGCGAACGUCCCAGAACAGCCUGGAGGACUACCGCUACAUAGACUGUGGCUCCAACACCACCCACCCCCGGACUCACCAGUAGCACAACCACGCCCCCUUCAGGAAAGAAGCAACAAAAUAGAUUUUUUUAUUAGAAAUCUGCUACAAAAAAAGUAAACAACCUUCAAACGAAGUGGUUUGGUUGCUGAGCACAUAAAUAAGUGCAGGAAGCGGAUUUGUUUGUCCACAGACACGGUGGCUCACAUGCUGCUGACAACCAAGUGAAUAAGUCGCUGAUUCACUACCAGGCAUCAUUCUCUAUUAAAAGUCACACAAAGCUCUUUAUGUUGUGGGGAAAAUGGUCGACGUUCUCAGACAAAAACUUGAACUGUUUCUGCUGAUGUGAACUUCUUCCACUUCACAUCGUUCUAACUGAAUCGACUUCUCUUUUCAGGAAGGAAAUGCAAAAAAAAAAAAAAAAGGGGGUAAUUGUUGUUUCUGCUUCUGGUACCAUGCAGUAAUUCUGUUAUUGAAUUUUUUGCUGUUGUUCUUGCUUGCAUUUAAAUGUGUUUAAAAGGUAUUGAAAUGCUUACUGGAUUUUUUUUUCUUUUUUAAUCAUCACUUUGAUCUCAGUAAGUAAGUAAAACUGCACACCAGUUUUAUUGACUCAAAGAGAUGAUUUUCACACCAAAUGUAAAAGUAUUAGACCUUUUUUUUUAAAGGUGCAUUUGUCUUUUUCUGAAUUCUGGGAAAUUUAUUAAGGGACAUAAUAUCCACUUUGGGUUACAAUGUAAAAAGAUUUAAGGGGAUUGUGAAUAAAUGAGAUAAAUAAUC